CAUAAUACUGUACACAGCGCCGGGCAGUGAGGCCUAGUGACUGCUGCAUCCCCGGACCCGCCUGCCCCCACACAGCUGCGUUACACAGUCUCUGCUGCCGCCAUUGGCUGGAAGUGCCGGGCCCAGGCCGGGGAUCAGAGUGCAGCACGGGCCGGGUCAGAGCGCUGCCAGGCGGCCGCAGGAUGGAGGAGACCCCGCGAGUGGCCGCCGUGUUGCCGGCGGGGGGCACCGGGGAGCGGCUGGGGGGCUGCACCCCGAAACAGUACUGCCCGCUGCUGGGGAGACCCCUGAUCAGCUGCACCCUGGAGGCCUUUGAGAGAGUUGGUUGGAUAGCGGACAUUGUUGUGGUCGUGGCUCCGGAGAGUGUCAGCCUGAUGAAGGACAUCAUCCACAAAUAUGGACAUCAGCGGGUGACGCUGGUGGAAGGAGCAGAGACGCGUCACCGAUCCAUUCUCAAUGGACUACGAGUGUUUGUAGAAGACCACUCCCUGGGCCCCGCAGUUCAGAAGCCAGAGGUGGUGAUCAUUCAUGAUGCCGUCCGACCAUUUGUGGAAGAAGAUACUUUGCUCCAAGUCACAAGAUCUGCCAGACAGCACGGAGCAGCUGGCGCGGUCCGGCCAUUAGUGUCCACGGUUAUUGCUUCCUCCUCGGAUGGAUGUUUAGACCAUUCCCUGGAACGAGCCAAGCACAGAGCAAGCGAGAUGCCACAAGCUUUCCUGUUUGAUGUCAUUUACAAAGCAUAUCUCCAGUGCACCCAGCAUGACUUGGAUUUUGGCACGGAGUGCUUGCAUUUGGCUCUGGCGUACGGUAACACUAAGGCUAAGCUGCUUGAAGCACCACCUGAUGUCUGGAAGGUGACCUACAAACGAGAUUUAUAUGCCGCUGAAUCAAUUAUUAAGGAGCGUAUUUCUCAACAUCUCUGCAUCAUAACCAAUAUGAAGGAAGAGGCCGUCCAGAUUGGUUUUCUGCUUCACGAAAACCUGAAACCCCACAUAAAGCACGUUAAGGCGCUUUCCUCGUCCAUGUGCAGAACCCUCCACGACGUGCAGAGCAUAUUUCAGGGACAAUGCUACAACUAUGUCUGUAUAAAUGUAAAGGAUUCUGACGUGGAAGAAUCCCGUAAAUUAAUCGACUUACUUCAGACUGCUAAUGUUGGUACCUACCCAUCUGUGGUUGUGUCGGUUCACCUAGAUGUUGCCGAGCAAUGCAGCAGCAGCGGAACGCCAAGGGUAACUGGAAUCCGUGAAUUAGCGAGGGAAGCAAGAAAACACAAUAUUUUACUGUAUGGUCUAUUGAUAAACUUCUGUAAGGAUGAAUCUCAGCUCCAAGCGAGUGGACAGGAGGCCUCUGCGAUCAUCUGCGCUGUUACCAAGGACAGGAACCCUGCGCUCGCCGGGCAACUCAUGGUGGCUUGAGAAAAACCUUUCUAGUUAUGGAUUGAAGUAAAUGUAACAAACUGAUAAUAAGUGCAACCAGGAAUCUCGGCUGUAAAUGUCAUAUCGGACUAAAGGGCCCCAUACACUACAACGAUAUGUCUGAGUCUGAAGUCGGAGGCGAUUUCCCUUGAACUCUCCUGGGAGCUUCCCGUGACUGGUUCCAUACGAUUCCAUACGAAUAGGUACAUUUUGCAUGCGAUAUAUCGUAUGCGAUACCAGCCAUGCCUGUGGGAACCGACAUAUCACGAGUGCAGCACUAACGAUGUAGGGGAGCCGAUCCGACCCUCUCGGGAAUGUGGAUCGGAUCGGAAACACAUUCAAAAUGCCUGAUUUCACCUGAUAUAUCGUCCCGAAUGCCCGAAAUUGGAUGAAAUCGGGCAUUAUUGUUCUAGUGUAUGGGGCCCUUAAGGCUCAGCCCAAAACUAAGGAGUCUAUUCAUUACUGAGGUGGUGGCUAUUAAAGUGCUGAAGCAAUUGCUCCGGAGUCGGGAAGGUCGCUCCAAGACGCAGUGUUUCCGUAUGUGUAAUGUGCACAUGGAGGGUCAUUCCGAGUUGUUCGCUCGGUAAAUUUCUUCGCAUCGCAGCGAUUUUCCGCUUAGUGCGCAUGCGCAAUGUUCGCACUGUGAUUGCGCCAAGUAAAUUUGCUAUGAAGUUAGGAAUUUUACUCACGGCUUUUUCAUCGUUCAGGCGAUCGUAAUGUGAUUGACAGGAAGUGGGUGUUUCUGGGCGGAAACUGGCCGUUUUAUGGGUGUGUGCGGAAAAACGCUACCGUUUCUGGGAAAAACGCGGGAGUGGCUGGAGAAACGGAGGAGUGUCUGGGCGAACGCUGGGUGUGUUUGUGACGUCAAACCAGGAACGACAAGCACAGAACUGAUCGCAGAUGCCGAGUAAGUCUGGAGCUACUCAGAAACUGCUAAGAGAGGUGUAAUCGCAAUAUUGCGAAUACGUCGUUCGCAAUUUUAAGAUGCUAAGAUUCACUCCCAGUAGGCGGCGGCUUAGCGUGAGUAAAUCUGCUAAAAACAGCUUGCGAGCGAACAACUCGGAAUGACCCCCAUGGAUCUUAAUAAAUAGGCUUCAAAAGUACCAUCCAAUAAUCUUUUAUACAGGUGCACGCCUGUUAUUUAGCCUGCGGUAAUGUACUGUAAUUGCUAUGCCUUCUGUAGAAAUACUGAAAUAAAUGCUUUUGAACAAGA